CGUUCAAAUCCAAACCUAAACUCUUCAACCUAAUACUAAUCUCCCCUCCGCACUCUCCAUUUUCCUUAGCGUCGAUUCGCUCUGCUUCUCCGGCGCCGGAAAAUGGUCCAGGCUCAGGGGGAGCAGUCGGAGACGGACUCCGUCGCCUCCCAUCACCGGCGCCUCGGCCUCGGCCUCGUCGUCUCCGUCUCGGCCCUCGUGACCCUCUGCGCGAAGAAGGCCGGCCAAGUCUCCAAGAAGCUCACGCACCGCGGGCACGACCGGUGCAAGUUCUCGCCGCGAUCGCCCUCGUUGGAGGCGGCCACGGCGGCGGGGACGGCGUCGCCGCUGAGGCGCCCGAAGAAGCUCCUCUCGAACAUAAGCAACAAGGCGAUCGCGUUCGUGCACAGGGGCAAGAAGGGCCAGGGCCGCGGCGGCGGCGGCGGCGGCGGCGGCGGCGGGGAGGAGUCGGAGGCGGAGUCCGAGGAGUUCGGCUUCGGGGACGGCGGGGUGUGGCAGAGGAACAUCCUGAUGGGGGACAAGUGCCAGCCGCUGGACUUCUCCGGCGUGAUCUACUACGACGAGAACGGGAAGAAGCUCAACCAGGUGCCCGUCCGGUCGCCGCGCGCCAGCCCCAUGCCCGGGUACCUCGCCCGCGCACGCCCGGCGGAGAGGCCGGUCAGCAAGUUCGACUUCGGCGGGCUAGGGAAGUAGCCGCCAAAAAAGCUCCAUAGCAAUACCGAAACCAGCACGAUCCCCUGUCAGCGUUUGAUCAGGAAAGGGUGACAAAGGGCUGUUCUGUAGUUCAACUUUCUUCCUUUUUCCGUCUUGGGUUUUGGAGCUUUGGUCGUCUGUUUCGCCUUGUGAUUAGAUGAGGUUUUGAGGAUUUGUCUGUACAAAAUGAUUCAGACAGGAACUGUGGUAGUUCCCAUGGUGUUUUUCUGGCUAGCCCUUCACCUUGAUCUCUGUUUUCUUUCGAACCCAUUUACGAACUAUAAUCCAGCUUUCGUUUGCAA